UUUGACUUGUAUGAUGUUGAUUCGAAGAGUCCCAACUUGUCAAAACAUAGGAAUUCCAGGGAAGAAAUGUGGUACAAUCAUCCUCACAGCAGAGGAAUUAAACUGUUGCAGAGAUGCUGUUCUGAUGCAAUUUUGUGCGAACAAAUUGGACAAGAAGGACUUCUUUGGAAAAUCAGAUCCUUUUCUUGUAUUUUAUCGAAGUAAUGAAGAUGGCAGUUUUACAAUUUGUCAUAAAACAGAAGUUGUCAAAAACACUCUGAAUCCUAUUUGGCAAGCAUUCAAGAUCUCAGUCAGAGCUUUAUGUAAUGGCGAUUAUGACAGAACAGUCAAAGUAGAGGUGUAUGACUGGGAUCGAGAUGGAAGUCAUGAUUUCAUUGGAGAAUUUACAACAAGCUAUAGGGAACUUUCUAGAGGGCAAUCACAGUUCAAUAUAUAUGAGGUGAUAAAUCCCAAAAAGAAAGGAAAAAAGAAGAAAUAUACUAAUUCAGGAACAGUCACGUUACUUUCUUUCGUGGUAGAAACAGAAGUUUCAUUCCUUGACUAUAUUAAGGGAGGAACACAAAUCAAUUUCACAGUGGCUAUUGAUUUUACUGCAUCAAAUGGCAACCCUACCCAGCCCACUUCUCUCCACUACAUGAAUCCUUAUCAACUGAAUGCCUAUGGUAUGGCACUGAAAGCAGUGGGAGAAAUCGUUCAAGAUUAUGACAGUGAUAAAAUGUUCCCAGCUUUAGGUUUUGGUGCAAAACUGCCUCCAGAUGGAAGGAUAUCUCAUGAGUUUGCUUUGAAUGGGAACCCUCAAAACCCCUACUGUGAUGGCAUUGAGGGUGUCAUGGAGGCUUAUUAUAGGAGUCUGAAAUCUGUACAACUGUAUGGGCCAACCAACUUUGCUCCUGUAAUUAAUCAUGUAGCAAGAUAUGCUUCUUCUGUAAAGGAUGGCUCCCAGUAUUUUGUGCUACUGAUUGUGACAGACGGCGUUAUCUCAGAUAUGGCUCAAACUAAGGAGUCCAUAGUUAAUGCUUCAAAACUUCCAAUGUCAAUAAUUAUAGUAGGUGUUGGGCCAGCAGAAUUUGAUGCAAUGGUUGAAUUGGAUGGAGAUGAUGUAAGAGUUUCCUCCAGAGGAAAAUAUGCUGAAAGGGACAUUGUGCAGUUUGUGCCAUUCAGAGAUUAUAUUGACAGAAGCGGAAACCACAUACUCAGCAUGGCUAGAUUAGCUAAAGAUGUCCUAGCGGAGAUCCCAGAGCAGUUUCUCUCCUACAUGAGGACCAGAGGAAUCAAGCCAUCACCUGCACCUCCCCCGUACACCCCACCUACACAUGUGUUACAUACUCAAAUAUGACUGUGCUCCAAAAUGCUAAUGUAACUACACUUCAGUUAGAACUGCUGAGUCCAUGCUUUUCUUCUGGUGCUCUAUAAGGAACCAGGGAAUGAGAUACAUUUCUCAGUUUGGUUUCAGCAGUAUUGGUUUGUAUGCUUUCUUGGAUCCAAAAUUUAUUAUCUUCCUAAACCAAAACUGUAAAUACGGUUGUUGCAUGAGCAACAGAAAAAUUGUUUAAAUGCUUGAAGCAAAAUAUGGAUGUAUUCUCUGAAUCUUUAAAUGUUUUCUAGACAGAAACAGCUAAUUUCCAAUGUACUGUUGGGAAAAAGCACAACCUGUGUUUUUAACUCAAAUAUUGUCCUUGACUGCUAUGUAUAUAGGAAAGCAGUCUCUCUAUAUCAAUGUUUACAUGUUACUACUUUUUAGAUUCCAAUACUUUUAUAACUGUUCUUAAGAAUACAAGUUUUGAAUAUUGAAUCCUUUGUCUUCUAAAUUGCAAUAGCUAUAAUCACAAGAGCAAUAUCUCUUUGAAUGACUGUCUGGAGAAAUGCAAUUGCAAGCAAGGGAAGGUAAAGAUACUUUUAUAUUUCUCAGUAAGUGAAUUGUCUUAUGAAGCUGUAUCUGCUUAGUAAUCAGUUCCUCUGUGCCAUUUGCCAAGUAUGGGAGUUUACACUUAGCAGAUGUGUAUUCUGAAAGAACAUGCAUUUUUCAUGAAGUUUGGGUUCUAAAUUUAGACUGCAAUUUGUUUAUGUUUUGUAAUGCUAAGUAGAAAUAAUAAAAAGUCAAACAUCGUGAACUGUAAAUGCACAGAAAAUACUUGGUGUAAAAAGUAGCAUCUUUAUAUUACAAUACUAUGUAGAAAGACUAAAAUCCAGAAUAUUUGACUGUGAACCAUGUAGCAGAUGUUUUAAACUUUCUAUUUCAUUGUACCUUGUCUAGAUAUUUUAAGUCAAAGGGAUACUGGCUCUCUUGAUUUGCAUUCCUUUCCAAGUUGCCACGCAGGGUGCACAGGCUGGAAGUUUUUUGCGAAAUUCCCAGUUAAAUAUACACAACCAUGUGACGUAGUGCACAACACAUUUGUGAAAUAACCCACUCCUAUACACUGACUGAUCUGCCUAUCCACAAUUAAUUGUAGAGUUUUUGCAUGUACAGUUUUUAUGAGAAUUGCAGUUUUGUGACAAGAAUGACAGUUGUGUCUAAAUUAAAACAUAUCUUUAGAACAAAUGGCCUUAAAUUCUCACAGAAUUCCUGGAAAUGAUUGUGAAUUACCUUUAAGUAAUAGAAAAGUGAAUUUAUUUUUUUUCUUUUGUGUCAACAAUGUAACUGCUUUAUAAUAUUUUCCUUACUUAUACCCUAUUUACUACUGGUUUAUUUCUACUGUAUGUUGUUCUCUUUGUCCCACGUUGACUAAGGGUGACUUUUAUAAGCAUGAAACUAUUUUAUGGAAAACAAAAAUAUAUACAUUCACAUAUCUAACAGAAUCGAUGUUAUAUAAUUAUGUACUCCUAAAUUGUCCAUUUUGGAGUAUACAUUAAAAUCUUUUAAAGAUUAACUAUUUGCUCUGUAAACUUUAUGUAUAAAUGACAUGGAAUCUGAUGAUUUCCUUUACUGGUCUCAAAUAUUUAUGUCAGUAUAGUUUAUUAGCCUACAAUUGUAUUA